AACCUAAGUUCUGUAACUCCUCUUUCUCUCUAUCAACUUUCUCACAUUUCCCGACUCUUUCUCUCUCUAAAGAAAACCCCUCCUAAAACCCCUAAACACCGAGAAGCCGCCCAUUUCAUGGCAGUGCCCUCCUCUGCAAUAUAAGGGAGGAGGCUGUGAGCUUCUCCUCUUUCUACCAGGUUACUAGAGAGAGACCUGGGUAUCGUUUUGCCCUAAAAAUUAUAGCCAUUAAAAGCUUUUGAAAGCUUCAUCUGAGAUGGGUUCUGCAAUGAGUCACUCUGUUGCUCCCUCCCCACCUCCGCCAAUUCAGACGUAUCCAGGGGGCGAAGCUCAGCCCCCAAAGGAAGAGGGAGAAAGUAAGAAGAGUGAUAAAGUGGACUAUCUCAACCUGCCAUGUCCAGUCCCCUACGAAGAUAUCCAGAGAGAAAUCAUGUUUUCCUUGAAGCCAGAGCUUUUUGAGGGGAUGCGUUUUGAUUUUAACAAGCCUCUGAGCCCAAAAUUUUCAAUAACCCACAGUGUUUUCAUGGGGAGUGUGGAAGUUCCAAACACCCCAGAUGUUAUCAAGGUACCCAAUGCCAAUUAUGAGUUUGGAGCUAAUUUCCUAGACCCGAAGUUGAUGCUUGUCGGGAGGGUAUCACAUGAAGGCAGGGUGAUGGGGAGGGUCAAGUGUGACUUGACUGAUAAUUUAAUUUUGAAGAUAAAUGGCCAGUUGACACAUGAACCACAUUAUUCCCAAGGAAUGUUGCAACUUGAUUACAAGGGUUCAGAUUAUAGGACUCAAUUCUCGAUUGGAAACAAUGCCAUCUAUAGUGCAAACUAUAUCCAGAGCAUCACUCCUAAUCUGGCUCUUGGUGGUGAAGUGAUUUGGCUUGGCCAUCAAAGGAGGUCUGCCUUUGGAGUUGCUGCUCGAUACAAUUCAGAUAAGAUGGUUGCCACAGCACAACUUGCAAAUUCAGGACAGCUUGCUCUUACCUAUGUUCGGAAGGUCUCUGAGAAGGUUUCUUUAGCAACUGAGUUCGUGUACAACUCUAUGUCGAAAGAUGUCCUUGCCACUGUUGGUUAUGAUUAUUUUUUCCGAAUGGCUCGUCUUCGAGGGAAGUUCGAUUCGAAUUGGUGCUUUGGUGCCCUUUUGGAGGAGAGAUUAAGUAGUGGAAUUAAUUUUAUGCUCUCAGCAGAGAUCGAUCAUUGGAAGAAAGAUUAUAAAUUUGGAUUUGGUUUCUCUGUUGGAGAUUUCUGAAACCGGUAUCAGAUUCUGGUACCCUUCUUUCCCCCUCUCUUUGUCUUUUUCUUUGUGUUUCUGGGCGGCCAUUCUUUGACUAGAAGAAGCUCGAGUUUUUUGUAUUGCCUUGAGUUAAUUUGAAGCAUAUUCGGGAACCUUUACUCAAAGCCGCAGCUACAAGCAUCUCUCCUCAAACGCAUGUAUUGUGACAGCGAGAAAAUUAAAUUCAAACUUCUAUACAUAAAGGCCGGCUUCCCCAUUCCCGACUUUCCUUUUUUCCGCUGUUCUUUUUGUUCUCUUGGCCUUAUACAUUAUUUCUUCCUUUGGAAAGAAAAUUUUAGAGAUGUGAUCUAAUUAUAGGUCAUUUUUUAGGAUAACGAUAAAUUAUAGCUGAGUCAGUGUCGUGUAACUUGAAUUUGAGAGGCUAUAGUCGAGACUCAAGAGGGAGACCCCGACGAAGCCUGCUCCUCUGUCUCACACAGAAAUUGACAAAGCCUGUUUUCCCUGAAUGAAUUGGAUCUCUCUCUCUC